GUGAACGAUCGUGCCGAAACCCUUGGCCAUGAUAUCGGCCUCGGAAGCAUGCAGAAGCCACUGAGAGAGCUGGGCCGGUUGUGCCUCAAUGCGGGUGAGCAGAGCAACGACGUCGUCGCGGAAGUGUGCACCGAGGCACGCGGAGGGCUUCCUCUGCUGCAGGUAUGGCCGAGCGAUUCACCGAGAGGCGAGGCCGAUGGACAGGCGCAGGCAUUCGUCUUUCCGGACGUCCAGGAGAACGUCAAUGACAGUGGCAUCGAGUCCAUACAGGCGUCGCCGUCGCCAUGCGGAGUAGCAAGUACUAGCCCAGCCGCGACGCCUCAACAAUCUCGUCGUGCCAGUCUACUUCAUCCUGACCACGCUCGGCUGCAGCUGCAUCAUUUGCAUCACAAUCACCACAAUUCAGGGGCUAAGAGUCCACCGACGCCAGACAGAGCGUCCAUCGACGAGGAACCUCCACUUCCGCCCAGUCCAUCGAGUUCGACCACCAGUAGUCUACGUUCGAUGCCAAGUUCCGCCAAUGCUCCUAUUAAUUCGCAAGACAGGAGACGCAGUAGCAGGUACAGCAUGUUCGACGCCCUGGACCUAGAGUACGCGCUUCUGAGGGCAGCAGCUCGUGGUUCAGUUGGCCCAUACUCUCUAUCCGAGUCUUUGCACAAGCUAACCUUCACACAGAGCCUAGCGUUCCCUGCGUUGGCCCGUGGUCUCGCAUCGAAGCAGAGUGUGCCCACCAGGAGGCCGCAACAACAUACAGAGAGCGGACUGAACGCGUUCGCCAAGGUAGUUACCGCUCUGGUGCUAGUUCUCGUCAGUGUUCUAGUGUUUGGUGUGGUAUACAAAUUUGUGAGGACGUGA